UGCAACAUAUUUUGUGUGCGUCCACGCAAAGCAAACCUUACUGUCAUCCACACAUUUGCUAAUAUCUACGGAGGUGCAAGGAAGAUCUCCCACAAAAGCAGGGUCAUAGUUCAGUUUGUGGCUGAACUUCGAGAUAGGAUGGCAGAACCUCCCCUCAGAGAGUGGAAAACCAGUCUCUUUGACUGCUGUGAAGAUUGCGGUACUUGUUGCUACGGCUUCUGGUGCCUGCCUUGUCUUGCCUGCACCGUUUCAGGAUUGUUUAAUGAGAACAACUGUCUGCCUUUAUGUGACUUUCUGACUCCUGCUGUAUUGGUAGCCUGUGGGAUUCCUUUGAUUGUCCCCCCCGCGGCAAUUUCUCUGAGGGCUUCCAUUCGGCACAAAUAUCGAAUACAGGGUUCCCUCUGUGAAGACAUGGCAAUUUCCUGUUUCUGUGUCUGGUGCUCCUGGUGUCAGAUGCAUCGUGAGCUAAAGGCUGGAGCUCCUGUCACUGUGGUGCAGCAGCCCCCGCAACAACACACUACUGUGAUCAAUGUGCAGGCUAAUCCUGUCAUGAUGGUUAAUCAAAACCCUUUGCCACCUCCUGUUGGUGUUCAAAACCCUGCUCAAAACCCAGUUAUGUUUCAAAACCCUCCUCAGUAUCCUGGUGGUUAUCAAAACCCUCCUCAAUAUUCCACAGAGUUCCAAAAUCCUGUUAAAAGUCCCAAAGCUCAUAAUUCCUAACAAACUUGUGAAAAAUGUAAGUUUCUCUGAUCAUUCAUGAUCAUGUUGGUGUAUAAUGGGAUUCUUUACUCUAUCCAAAAUAUCAAUUAACUGCCAGUACUUCCAAAAAAAAUGUGCUGAAUUUGAGUUGUUUGAGUUCAUAUGUGUAUUUACUUUAAAAAAUGUUGUUAAACAAAUUGAUUUAUACAUGUCAAUAACAAAAUAAUAAAUAAAAACUGAGUGACUUGACCUUA